AUGACUGGGCUCAUCGCAAAGUAUGCCAUGAAGAAGGUGCUGGGCAAGGAGAUGGAAAAGUACAAGAGCAAGGAUGCUGCCGGUCCCUAUGAUCCCUACUACGAAGUGAUCCCCCAUCCGACAAAACCCAACAAGACCAAGAAAGUAAAGAAGCAGAUUGCAGCCUACAUCCCACCCCAUGAUGCCGAUGUGCUUGCAAAAGCCCGCAAAACUGCCUAUAGGCUCGACUAUGCUCUCUUCACCUUUGCUGGAAUCCGCUUUGGCUGGGCUUCGGUCAUCGGUCUUGUGCCCGCUAUUGGCGACUUUGCGGAUGCUGCCCUCGCACUCAACUUGAUCAGAGGCAUGAGGAAGAUCGAGUGUGGCCUGCCAUCAAGUGUCCUGGUCAUGAUGCUGAUCAAUCUGGCGAUUGAUUUCUUGGUUGGUCUUGUUCCCUUUAUCGGCGACAUUGCAGAUGCGGCCGUCAAGUGCAACGGCAAGAACGUCCGCCUCCUCGAAGAACAUCUCGACAAGGUCUACAAGCCCGACGAGCUCAAAGCCAAGGAUUCUCAGCUGCCCAGAGAGCGUCGACCUCGCCCUGCCUCUGUGUAUGUCGACUUUGACGACGAGGCCGGUGCCCGGCGAAACGAAUUCGCCGAUGACCAUGACGCUGUCCGCGAACCCCAGCGCUCCUAUGAUGGGAGACGGGUGCCUGAUAUAGAGAAUCAGAUGGCUGGCUCUCGGCAAGCUAUGCAGCAACCGCUGAGAGACGAGAGGCCCAGUCGCAAUGGCACACGAAAAAGCAGACGCUAA